CAUCGCUCUCGUUGGUUCUCAUUGACGUCUGUCUAUUCUAAGGGACCGCCCUCAGGUUGCAAGUGGUGAAUGGUCACCCAUCGUUCGGCCACGGUUUUGCUCCUGGAUCUGGAUGCGAGCGUCAUUUCAAUGAUUCCGCACUGUGGCCAGUGUCUGUGUUGUGUUAACUUCGUGGUAUAGACUAUGCUGCGUCUUGGCAGUAGAAUCUUCAGCUGCUGCUAGUCUGGUUGAUCGAAAAAUGUAGUCAUUCUGUGCUGUGUUUAGUUUAUUGUUCUGGUCCUAGACGCAGACCAGCAAUUCUGUGAGAAGAUGUUGAGCCGAAUAAUGAGUGGCAGCAUCAGGAAUCUGGAUAGAGAAUAUGACUGCACCGUCAGACUCCUGGAUGAUACGGAAUACACAUGCACAAUUCAGCGGGAUGCUAAAGGACAGUAUCUGUUCGACCUCAUCUGCCACCACCUGAAUCUGCUGGAGAAGGACUACUUCGGCAUCAGAUAUGUGGACCCAGACAAGCAGCGGCAUUGGUUGGAGGUCACAAAGUGUAUUGCCAAGCAGAUGAAAUCCCAGCCUCCAUUCACCAUGUGUCUCAGAGUCAAGUUUUACCCCCCUGACCCCGCUGCUCUCAAAGAGGAAAUCACCAGAUAUUUAGUCUUCCUGCAGAUCAAGAGAGAUCUGUAUCAUGGCCGCCUCCUGUGUAAGACGACGGAUGCUGCCAUGCUGGCUGCCUUCAUCCUGCAAGCUGAGAUUGGGGACUAUGACCCUGGGAAGCAUCCUGAAGGAUACAGUUCUAAAUUCCAGUUCUUCCCAAAACAUUCAGAGAAGCUGGAGCGACGAAUCUCAGACAUACACAAGACAGAACUGAUUGGCCAGACACCUGACACAUCAGAGCUGAAUUUUCUCCAGAAAGCCCAGAUGCUGGAGACAUAUGGUGUGGAUCCUCAUCCAUGCAAGGAUGUGUCUGGAAAUCCAGCCUUUCUUGCCUUCACCCCAUUCGGAUUUGUCGUGCUUCAGGGAAACAAGAGGGUUCAUUUUCUCAAGUGGAACGAGGUGACCAAACUGAAGUUCGAGGGAAAGAUAUUCCAUAUAUAUGCAAAUCAGAAGGAGGACAAAAAGAUCAUCUUGACUUACUUUGCACCAACACCUGAGGCCUGCAAGCACCUGUGGAAAUGUGGAGUGGAGAACCAAGCCUUCUACAAGCUGGAGAAGUCGAGUCAGGUGCGGACAGUGUCCAGCAGCAACUUGUUCUUCAAGGGGAGUCGUUUCCGCUACAGUGGACGAGUGGCGAAAGAAGUGAUGGAGCAGAGUGCCAAAAUCAAACGAGAGCCUCCAGAAAUACACAGGGCUGGCCUGGUUCCCAGUAGAAGCUGUCCGUCCAUCACUCAUGGGCCGCGCCUCACCAGUGUUCCACGCACCCGCCGGAGAGCCGUCCACAUUUCCAUCAUGGAGGGUCUGGAGUCGUUGCGUGACAGUGCCCACUCUACACCUGUGCGCUCUGUGUCCCAUGGGGACUCCUUCAUGCCGCGCUCCCGCAGCCUAGCCACGGAUGCCAGCGAGGGCUCGGCGGUGAUCUCUGACGAGGCCUACAGCCCCUCUGACAGCGUGCUGCCUACCCCUGUGGCAGAGCACAGCCUGGAGUUGGCCGUGGCACGCCAGAUCAACGGAGCCCCCUGCAGCAUCAAGGAGGAGAAGGAGUCGGAGGCAGGCACCCCCUCGGUGGGGGAUGCAGGCGACUUGUCAGACAGUAGAGCGACGGUUGAGGGUGCAGAGGGAGCCUCGCCGCUCAGCGAAGUGGAACAGGUGAAUACGUUUGUUUUAAGUGUCCUCCGUUUGCUUCUUGUGACCAUUGGACUCCUCUUUGUCUUGCUCUUCCUCCUCAUCGUCCUCACUGAAUCCGACCUUGACGUUGCAUUUUUACGUGAUAUCCGCCAGACCCCCGAAUUUGAGCAGUUCCAUUACGAAUACUUUUGUCCCCUCAGGCGGUGGUUUGCCUGCAAGCUCCGCUGGGCGGGCAGUUUGCUCAUUAACAAAUGAGAGAGAGCAUGAGGCCGUAGAGCGCGUAAGCCUAUUCGGGGUUAGAGAAGAAGAUUAAAGCUCCGGAGAGAUGGAGGGUAGCCCCUUUCCAACCAUGAACCCAGCUUCUCUCAUGAUACUCCUGGAAUCACUGUGCCAGGAGAUUCUCUCUCUCCCUCCAUUUUGAGUUACUCCCCCUUUUUUCCCCUUAACCGUUCGUUUGUUUUUUACAAACCCAGAAGACAUGUUUUUUUUUUGGAAUUUCAGGUCAUUUCAGGUAUUUUAUUUUUUCAAAAAAUAUAAACGAAAAAAUAAGAAACUGAAAUUAAAGAACUGAAGUAUUUUUUAACAGGAACAAGACAUUUGGUUGCAACGAAUGAAUGAAUGUUGCCUACAUUUACUAUGUAUUGUUUGGAAAAUAAAUUGCAUUUGCAUAGGGGAAGAAUGUGAUGCAAGGAUAUCAGGGAAGCCACCAAGUCAUCGAAAUGGUUCAGAAUGAAGUUAAAUAAAUACAGCUUUGAAAAGUGUUCAGUGAAGUAGACAGUCAUGCCUUUUAAGAUGAAGAAACAUCCAUCCCAAGCCAUACAUCUAUAAUGGUUUUCAUUGAUCAGAACAAAGCGCAAGUGAUUGAAAUUGAGUAAGUCGGGGAUGAUUACCAAAUGCCUUUUAUGAAGAAACAAGUAUAUGAUAUGAAGAACGUUUUGAAUUUGUCGAAUUGUUUUAAAGUUAUACUUUAGUGGAAAUACAAUAGGUGUAUAAAGUAGAAGCUGUGAAGUUGAAAUCCGUUUGAAGUUUUUAUAAAGGAUACAGUUAAAUAAACCAGUGACUAUGGUGUUAUGUGACCCCAUAGUGUCAGUAACUGUUGAUGAUCAACUUCUUGGAAACACUCACUAGCACCAAUAGGACCAGUCUAGGUAGAUGUGCAAUACUCUUUAGGUUAAAUACUUCAGUACUUUUGAAUGUGUGCAUUUGUUUUGUCAUUUUUCUUAAUUGUGUUUUAUGUACAUUUCUUGAUUAUGUUAAGAUCUGUUGAAAUGUAUGAUUUCUUUCAGUUCCAUAUCAACCUUGCUCUUCAUUUUGCAUUUUACUGUAAUUAAUUGUUAGUAUAAGUACAAUGAUGUACUUUUUGUACAAAGUAGUUUGUUUCCUAUUAUAUUGACAGUUUUUCCAUGUAUAUUUUUAACAGAACUGAAAUGAUAUUUUGUUAUUGAAGAUGAAAUUAUAAUUUUUUUUAGCUCUGUGUUUCAAGUGAGGUCUGGCAUUUAUGGACAUAUAUGAGAAGGGGUUGACUCAAAACCUGGGCUUUUAUCCAGAUCCACUCCGUAUAGAUCACAACUCUCUCACUCCACCAGCAUGCAUACUUUUUAGUUGUCAAGACAACUAUUUAAAAUGCCCACUGUAGGCCAGGAAGGCACAACAGAUGGUGGAGGAACAAUACAUAUUGUCAAAAGUAGACUGGACUACAAUACCAACAGAAAACAUAGUACUCCAAAGACAAUGCAGAUUGGUCAGCCGUUUUCCACGGUUUGAGAGGUGUCUGUGCAGACUAUUCUGUCUCAUAGCUCAAGGGAGCAGUAAUUCUGCUGUCAUGGCUAUUAUUGGGUCAAAUCUGUUUUUGUGGGGUUUCGUCUCUACCUCCUCUACUGUACCUGGUCCAGGUGUGAGUGUGCUUUGUGUGUUUGUAUGUAGGAAUGUAACACACUUCAAGCUGAUAAUGUGAAGUGUUGACAGAUAAAAAAUAUGGUCUUCAUUUUUUUUAAAGUGAGAGAAAACGAUAAAGAAAGAUAUUGAAAGAAAGAGAUUGAAGGAGAAAAAGGUAGAGGUUCAAGGGAUGUCAAAAUAAAUGAGCACUGAUGAGUCGACCAGCCUCACAUGCCACGAGGCCGGUACGAGUAUAAUCAAAGGGGAAUGCAUAUGUGACCAUUUGGUGCUCGUGACUAUUGGCUUGCAGCCAUUCUUGUUUUGGCCUGUUAUUUAACACCAUGACCUCCACACAGCUGCUCCAUGCUCUGAUCCCCCAGCGGUGCUGUUGCCUGCUCUGCCCUGGGGAGCCCAGCCUGGGCCCAUGUAUCCAGAGCACUACAUCCCCUGGCCCUGAGUGUAGUCUGUCCCCCAACAGCACCCGCUAGUUGAAGUAGACCCAGCAAGGAAGACACUGCAGCAUAUACUAGUCAGUGCUACGGCUGGGUGUCUACUGUGGUCCUAGACAUUUCAGUUCUUAACCCUCCAUCAACAGUGUGGGGCCCAGACAUCUGCUGUGUGAAAUACCCAUGUUUAUGGCAGAGGUGUGCUAAAAGCAGCCCUUAGUAGCAAAUCUGGUGCAGUAACAGUUACGUACCAUAGAAAGGCAGAAAUUCCUGAGUCAAAUAUGCAUGCUCCUUAUGCUAGUGUAUUAUGCAUGCACUUCCAAUGAACAGCACACAAAGAUAGAGGAUGACUUGAAAGGUUGAAUUUGUCUGUACCUGGAUGGGGAGUGUUGAUCCAGUAUGCAAGAUAACGGUACUUUUUCGUUAUUUUAUACUUUCAUAUUUCCUAUUUAUAACUUGCCUAAUGCUAAAUACUGUAAAGGUGAACAAGACAGUUCCAGACAGUCUGUUAGUGUUACUUCUUAAAGGUCAGGGAACUGGAAGAGAAAAAAGGUCAAUUGAUGGUCUAUGUUCGUACACAUUAUCAGCAUUAUGCAGCUUUAAUGUUCUUUCCAAGCAUGCAACAAUUAAGGCAGCAUCAUUCAAUAAGCAAUAAUCAGUCAAAUUGUAAGAGCAAAUGGACAUAGAAAUGUAAACAGAAGUCUUACACUGGACAUUGUGCUGUUUUCUUGCAGUGUCAAAAAUCAGUUGACUGUCAUUGUAUACUACAUGGUCAAAAGUAUGUGGACAUCCCUUCAAAUUAGUGGAUAUGGCUAUUUCAGCCACACCUGUUGCUGACAGGUGUGUAACAUUGAGCACAUAGCCAUACAAUUUAUUGUGAAGUGGAAACGUCUAGGAGCAACAACGGCUCAGCUGCGAAGUGGAAGGCAAGCUCACAGAACAGGACAGCUGAGUGCUGAAGCGCGUAGCGCCUAAAAAUCAUUUGUCCUCGGUUGCAACACUCACUACUGAGU